ACAAAGGGAGGGGCCAUGUGUGAACCAGGGAGACUUCAUCCACUGGCCAAGCUGGCUGGGCUAUUUAAUCAAUUCUGACAGGAGGACAAGAGCAGUACCCUGCCUAGCAGACCCUGAAGCCUUACAUCAGUGCCAGUGACCCACAUGAGCCUGAAGCCAGAUGACCAAGCCUCUAUGGAGGCUCAGUAUGCAGAGGAGGCCUCAGGACCUGAGACCUUCAGAGCAGAGCCAGGAGACCAGCUGCAACCUGCGUCUCAGGCAGGGUGUUCCCUGCGACGUGGCUGUGCAGUGCUGGGUGCCCUGGGGAUGCUGGCCAGCGUGGGCAUCGGCUCAUGUCUCCUAGUUCUGUAUCUGUGGCCAGCAGCCUCUCAGCCUACCUCCGGGACUUCAAAGGAUGAGGACGUGACUUUAAGCUGCUCGGAGGCUGGCAGUGAGGUUGCUCUGCUUCCCUCACUUCCCAAAACAGUAUCUUUCAGAAGAAGCAGUGAGGACUUCUUGCUGGAAGUGCAAGUGAAGGCCUGGCCAGACUGGCUCCUGGUCUGCUAUGAGGGCUGGAACCCUGCCCUAGGGGUGCAGAUCUGCUGGAGUCUUGGGCAUCUCAGACUUGUUCAUCACAAGGGAGUGAACCUGUCUGACCUCAACCUCAGUAGCUCCCAGGCAUUUUCUCAGCUCUCGACAGGCCCAGGAGGCCUCCUGGGGGAGCUGUGGCAGCCCAGGGACAACUGCACUUCUGGCAGAAUUGUUUCCCUCAAAUGUUCUGAGUGUGGGGCAAGGCCCCUGGCUUCUCGGAUAGUCGGUGGGCAGGCUGUGGCUCCUGGACGCUGGCCGUGGCAGGCCAGUGUGACCCUCGGCUCCCGGCACACAUGUGGGGGCUCAGUGCUGGCACCCCACUGGGUAGUGACUGCUGCACACUGAAUGCACAGUUUCAGGCUGUCUCAUCUUUCCAGCUGGUGGGUUCAUGCAGGGCUGGUCAGCCACAGUGCCGUCAGGCCUCACCAGGGAGCUAUGUUGGAGAAAAUCAUCCCCCACCCCUUCUACAACGCACAGAGUCAUGAUUAUGACAUUGCCCUCCUUUGGCUCCGGAAACCUCUCAACUCAGACACCGUCAGUGCUGUGUGCCUGCCAGCGGAGGAGCAGCAUUUUCCAUGGGGCUCCCAGUGCUGGGUGUCUGGCUGGGGCCACACAGACCCCAGCUACAGCCACAGCUCAGACAUGGUGCAGGACACAGUGGUGCCACUGAUCAGCACUCAGCUCUGCAACAGCGGGGCCCUCACCCCCCACAUGCUGUGUGCGGGCUAUCUGGACGGGAGGGCUGAUGCAUGCCAGGGGGACAGCGGGGGCCCCCUGGUGUGCCCAGAUCAGGGCACGUGGCACCUGGUGGGGGUGGUCAGCUGGGGUCGUGGCUGCACAGAGCCCAAUCACCGUGUCUACGCCAAGGUAGCUGAGUUCCUGGACUGGAUCCACGACGCUGUACGGGUGAGUGUGGGGCAGGAGUGGGGUCAGGGAUUUUCUAAAGGACACGUCCCUUGGAUACUGUGAAUCUUAUCCCUUUAGCUUAGGUCCUGCUGAGGGCCGAAGAGAGGACUAGGGAAAGUUCUCUAGAACAGGAGGGUACAGAAGUGAUGUUCGUGACAUUGAAUUUUUAUCAAUUUAAGCACUGGCUAAGAAUGACCUGAAUUUGUAACUUAGAUCUGUCAUUUCCAUGGUGAACUUUGGCAAAUUUCUACCCUUGGUGAACCUCAGUUUUCUGGUCAUAACCAUCCCGGGUACUUUAUGUGCUAUUGUGAUGAUUUGAGUUCCACAUCUAAUUAAAUUAUGUGACGCUAGGCUUCAUCUGUCCAGUGGGAGGGCCGAGUGUGAUAAUGUGUAUCAAAACACAGUAUUUGAGUUAAACACUUUAUAAAGGCAGGCUGUGAAAAUGAAAAGCAUCUUUCUUCAAGGUUGGGUAUAGGAGGAGGUGGUAGAUAACACACUUUAGAGAUCACAGGGGAUAUAUGUGUCCAUUUUCUCAUUCGUGUCUUAUAAAGACCUACAGCAGCAGAUGUUUUUAGCCUCAUUUGUUAGAAGUGGAAAUCAAGGUUCUGAAUGGUUAAGUGAUUAACUAAAAUAAGUCUCUUGGCUAGCAUGUGAUAGAACUAUGCUGUGAAUUGAUCCUCUUUCUCUUUUGAUCCAGGACUCCCUCUUCUUAAGUCCUGUGGUUUCCUCCAAUCUCACUGCACAUCAGUGCAGCCUCAUAUCUCUUGGGCUCUCUGGCAGGUCCACUAGCUGGAGAAAAAGCAGCAGCCCUGCAGAUGAAGAGUGUGGAUCGCCUACCACUACUUGCAUGACUGUCACUGCCCACAGGCCAGCAGCCACUGGGCCUCUCCUCUCAGGCCUGAGUUCUUCUCUCUCAUCAGAGAUGUUCCACAAGAAGAGAGAGGCUGGGGCUGGGUUGGGAAUGAUUGGGGAGCCAGGGCAGAGACAGAAGAGGCUGCAGGGAGCAGCUGGGAGCCUGCCUUUCUGCCCUCUCCCCUCCCCACCUCCUUGUGCGUCUUUUGGGAGGAUACUCAGUGUACCCUCAGUCCUGUCUUCUCCCUGUGUCCUCAGGUGGGUUAAGUUCCUGCGUAGAGAAUAUCCUAGCUCAGGGCCCUGGGGAUAUGAGGUUGAGGAUGGACAACCCAGGUUAAACCCGUGGAAGUCAGGAUCCUCCCCACUUACCUACUUCCUGUUCUUAAAGAGCCCUGUGAAGAGUACUGUAAAAUAAGAAGGUUGGAGAUGGAAUAUAGUGUUGGUUUUAAGUGAACUGUUCUGUGAACUGGUCCAGAGUUCUGUUAUUAAAUUGAAGUGACAUAUGGUCUUGG